CCUGUUUUCCUCCGCGUUGGGACCAGCAGCAGCAGCAGCAGCAGCAGCAGCAGCAGCAGCAGGCUCGCAGACUGAGACCCGGAUCAGGAGAGUGGAUGUCCCGGCUGUGCGCAGACCUGCUGCCGGAUGCAAAGCCAGCUCAGAGUGUGAUGCAGCUGUGUGAUGGGAGGAUCCGCUGGCCAGGAUGGGCAACAAGCAGACAACCUUCACCGAGGAACAGCUGGAGGCGUAUCAGGACUGCACCUUCUUCACCCGGAAGGAAAUCCUGCGGUUACACGCUCGAUAUCGUGAGCUGGCGCCACAUUUAGUGCCGCUGGACUACACCAACAACCCCGACAUCAAAGUCCCUAUGACGCUCAUCAUCACCAUGCCUGAACUGAAGGAAAACCCGUUUAGAGAGAGAAUCGUGGAGACGUUCUCCGAGGACGGACAGGGGAACCUGAGCUUCAACGACUUCAUCGAUAUGUUUUCUGCCCUCUGCGAAGCUUCACCCAGAGAGCUCAAGACCAUUUACGCCUUCAAGAUAUACGACUUUAACAGGGACAACUUCAUCUGUAAGGAGGACCUGGAGAAGACCCUGAACAAGCUGACCAAAGGGGAGCUGACGCCCCAGGAGGUCACGCUGGUGUGUGACAAAGCCAUCGAGGAGGCCGACCUCGACGGAGACAACAAGCUCUCAUUCGCCGACUUUGAGAACAUGAUCUCCAAGGCUCCUGACUUUCUGAGCAAUUUCCACAUACGAAUAUGAGGCAGCUGAGAUCCUGCAGAGGAAAGACGUCUCUCUUCGACCCCAAUUCCACCUGAACCUCGGACCCAGCUCGACUCAGUGCCUGUCCUUUCUACUGCCGGCGGGGAGUCUUCUUUCCUGAAAGAUCCUGAGACCUGGACUGUCAGGAGCCCGGGAGUCUGAAUCUCGAUCACGCAGUCAUUCCAGAGGGGGGAUACGGUUACUGCAUGAAGCCUCUCUCUGGGACGGAUUUUGAACUCAGCUUAGACAGGGCUGACUUUCUUCUCCCCUGUGGACGUUUCCGAUCUUCUGAGAAACAUCUGGGAGGAUGGCGCCGCAGUGGAUACAGAACAGGGCUUUUCUGAAUUUAGUGCUUUUCAGAAAGGCCUCAUCCAAAACUGGAUUCUUUUUAAAAGCACAUCUUUAAAGGGCAAAACAGUGAGGAGCUAUGCAAUCUUUCUCCAUAAAGUGCAUGUUGUAAAUUGCUUCUAGCUGGUGAAUUUGUACAUCUGGUUUAGUGAAGCAUUCUGGUGCAUAACGACAAUCAUAGUAAACUGUAGCUCAGUUGAUGGAAGGGCUCUCUCUGUCAUCUCACCUGUACUCCUGGCUUUGAUAAAACUUUUUCCUGCCUCCUACUAAAUUGAUAUGACAGCUUUCACUCUUUCAAGACAAAAUGUUUUAUGGCUAGAAUCAAA